AGGGCUUGAGGGCUUAGGGUGGAGUUUGGAAUUGGGCCAUACACACACAGGAAAACGAGCAACGAGAGACAGGUGAGACACAGGUGAAGACAAUUACAGAGGAGGGAAAACCGAGGAAGUAAAACCAGACUAGAAACACAGGGAAUAAACUCCUACAAAAUAAAACAGGAAACACUGAAAACUGAUGAUAGAGAAUAAAACACUGAGAACAGGAGGAAAACGGGGUCAGACACAAACUGAAAACUCUCAAGACAAGAGAACAGAGGAACAGGAACACUAGGGCACAUAAACACUAGAGAAAAUACAAUCAAAUCACAGGGAAAAACUCAAUAAACAGAACAUAUUGUGACAUAAAGUUCACUCAGAUUAAGAAAAAAGACAGGUUGUCACAAGUCACAUUUGCACACUAUGAUAUAAAAAAUGAGUGCACAGUGUUGAUGAGCCAGGGUGUUAAAAAAAACCUGUAAGGUAUGAUAGAAGACAGAAAAGACCCACUCUAGGUUAACAAAAAAAAAUUGAUUUUAUAGUGAGAAAUCUGUUUUAUUGAGAAUUUUUUUAAAUAACCUUAAAAUGUUUUGAAAUGUAUUGUUUCAUCAUGUUCAAUGUUUAAAUAUUUAACUUUAUUGGUUUUUAACUCGAUUUUAUUUGAUUUCUUCUCUACUGUCUUGUUGGGUUCUAUAUUUAUUUUUGUAGUCUGUAGUUUGACCAGCAGGUGGCAGCGUCGACACUGACGCGCUGACAGCCUGCGGUGAUCAGACAGAAGAAGAAGAAUAAGAGUGAGUUUCCGGUGAGGCAUCAUCAUGCCUGCUGCUGUGAUGAUGGAAGAAAAUUUUGAUAAAUUAUUAGAACAAUGUGAAGCUCAAGAGCUCGAGGUAAGAGCUGGAGAGGCAACAAUCAUGUCCUUUAUCUGCUGUAAGGUUUCUGUCUGUGAAUUCUCUGAAGUUUCGCUGUUAUUUCUGACUGUUGGUCUGACUGAGGUCUGUUUAUGCUAACGUUAGAGUCGGAAACUGAAGCCUGUUUGGACUUUACCGGAGACUAUUUAGACUGUUUAUCUGUGAUUAAUUAAACUAUUAUGUGAAUUAAGUCGUCAGUUUUCAUGUUAUGUUAAUAAAAAUAUCUUUCGCUUUGAGGAUGAUCCCUUAUAAAGUGUUACUCUGUAUCAUAGGGAGCUAGUUAGCUAACCUAGAUGUUCACAGAGUAAUAACAACAAAACUGCUGCUUUUAUCAAUGUGUUUGAUUAUUGAUCAUAAAGUAUUUUUACUGUGAAGUGUGAGGAAAGCUUGGUUGACGAUCUAAAAACGUGUCUGUGGUGCAAAACUAAUAAAUAAAGAAGCUAAUGAAAACACAAACAUUACCCUCAGACUCCCGAGCUCUUCACCUCUGCAGCUCAAAGAUAAUGUUUAUGUUCAUUUUCAUCUUUAUAAGUUAUUUAUCUCUACAAAGGUUAGUUUUAAAUCAGUAGGGAUGUAAAGACAGCUUUGUUUAGUGCUUCUUCUCCGUUUAUUGCUGAAGUUUCUCACCUGUAUUUGUCCCAAACAGGCUCCAGGGGGCAUCGCGACCCCUCAAGUCUACGCCCAGCUGCUGGCGCUUUAUUUACUCCAUAAUGACAUGUAAGUUCACUCUGAGGCUGAUUCUACAGGAGCUGACUGCUGUUGAUUGAUCGACUGAAGUUUAUUUCAAAUAUGCAAACCAAAAAUAUAAAAAAUAAGGCAAAACAUUGAAACAUAAAACAUAGAAACACAUAUUUGAAAAGGAGUGAGAAGAAGAUGAAUGAGCGAACACAGAAAAUGGUUUUUAGUCAAUAAUAACCAUAAUAAUAAUACCAAUAUUAUUAUUGACCAGAUUUGUCCAACACUUUGAGAAACAAAGGUUUACAAAGUGUUUUGACGGACAAGCAAAGUAUACAUAAAAACAAAGCACAUUCAACACAUUAAAUUCAGUUUGAUUAUACAUAUGAUUCUGGUAAACUACAGGAGCUGCUGUUUGUUAAGUUGUAUCACUGUCUUCAUCAUCUUCUGCUCUGUUACUGCCUGCAUCUUUAACUUUUGUUUUCUUUGUUGUCCCAACAGGAAUAACGGCAGAUAUCUCUGGAAGAGGAUUCCCCAAGCUAUCAAAUCGGUAGGACAAUGCUCCAUUUCUAAAACUUUCAAGUGAUGUAGACGUGACACCUGAAUGAAUGUUUGACUUUAACAGUCCUGCUUGAGCUGCUUCUUUAAAUUACUAUAUUUCCUGAUACCUAACUUGAUAAUAUUUCACAUCUAGUGAUUUUAUUUCAAGUUAAAAGUAUUCCUUUUCAUGUGUCUGAUUUUCCUGACUCACAGUGACUUCUUUCUGGAACAAAAGCCUCAUAUCUUAACAGUGCACUUACAGAAAGGAUGAGCUCCCAUGAUUUUAUAGCUUUGGUAUUCGGGUGUGACUGCUCUUAACAGUAGCUCGAUAAACAAAUGGAGCAGGCUGGGGGAUUUUGAGAUGCUUCUCCUCUUGUUGUUUGCAGGCAAACCCUGAAUUAGCAGCUAUCUGGGCAGUCGGCCAGCGCAUUUGGCAGCGCGACUUUCCAGGGAUCUACACAACCAUCGCAGCCUACCAGUGGACGGAGAAUAUUCUUCCAGUCAUGGAGGCUCUUCGAGGUAACAACAACAACAACACAAUCAGGAAUCAUGGCUCCUCUCACCUCUCACACUUCUCACUUCACAUGUCAUUUAGCUGUCUGGAUCCUAAAUCUGAACCUUUGGAGAAUACUUAUUGAUUAUUUAUCAGAAACAGCUGCACACUUUAAAACUUUUAUUCCCUCUGUGAGGUUUGAUCAACAGGGGGCGCCACCAAAACACAGCUGUGAUGCAACCCGAGAUCCUGAUAAACAAAAUUAAUAGAAAACACAGCUUUGAAGUGACAGUCGUAUGUUGUCCUGUACUAUGAUCUCCUGAAGAGCUAGUUCAUGUUGUGACAUCAAGAUACUCGGGAUUGGAUGUCAGAUCACACCCUCGAGUCCUUGGACUGAAACUCUUUCAUCCUGUAACUGAAUAUCGAAACAUUUCAGCCAUGUUCUGAUCCAGACUUGUUAUUUUUUUUCGUCUGUUACAUAAUUUUGAUAAAAAUCCAACACCCCUGCAUGAAUUUAUUGUCCUCAUGCUCAGUCGUCAGGGAACUUGUACCCUGUGAUCUUGUGCAACAGUUUAAGAAUAGCUUUUCCCUCAUGUUUACGGUACUUUGUGUUGAUGUGCGCAGCAGACACUUACGACAGCAUGUCAUAAGACCCUUCAUUGAUCGUAACUUCGAGGUGAGUGCAGAACAUAACAAAAAAACACUCAUUUUGAAGGUCAAAAUGAAGCAAAUUCUGCAAAAAACAAAUGUGAUACUGCCGAUAUUCUCGGGUAUUUAUUGUGGUUUACUUUUGAUUUGCAACUUUUCGCCAUUUUCUGCACAAUGAAAACAUUUGCAGUUUAUCUAAACGAUCAUAUUAGCAAUUAGGGAGUUUAAAACACCUCAAAAGUUAUCUAAAAAAAACACCAAGUGAAGAAUAUAUACACAUUUUAAUUUCUGCCCCAGGUGUGUUUGACAUUUUCUGAAUUUGUCCGGUAGAUGUCCGAGCUUUAGGAUAUACAGGAACAAAGAAAAGUUGACCAUAAUUAAAAUGGAACAUAAAUUAAAGACCUAAAGUUGUGAACAAAGUUUUCAGUAUCAAUAUAAAAGGUUUAUUUGAAUUAUUAUACAUCAACAUAACAUAAAAACACAGUAAACAAAACAGGUUACAUGACAGAUACAUGACAACAACCUCACGGAGGAAAAGUGGUGAAACAACUCGAGCGUCACAGGAUGUUGACAUAGAGUUGUUUACACAUUGGACCGAGUUUCCUAUACGAAGAGGUCACAUGGUCCAGGUGGCCUCUGCUCAGCCGCCGCCUGUGUCACUGUUCGAGGGGACGCAGCGCCCACUGGGACAUGUGACACAUGCCGCCCCAGAGAGGAGGGGGCCAUUUCUGUGAAAACAUCCCAAGGCAGCCAGAAGGGAGGAAUGUGUGCUCUGGUUGGUGGACAGGAUCAGAUAUCACCAGCUGUGAGGAGCCGCUAUAAAGGAGCGAGCUGCUAAGUGUCACCCAGAAUAGAUAUCAGCUCUUCAACAGCACACACCGAGGGAAAGACCGGAGAGUCUGCCCUUCAUUUAGAGACCGACCCACAAAGACAAAACUGAGUCUGAUCUCCAGAACCGGGACAUUUCUACUGGUUUGAACUGCAGACAGACUUUCCCACCAUGGACAUCCAGAGGACAGGAUCUAUGGUGCGGCCUCCCAGCCCCAUGGACAGCCUGGAGAAGCAGCUGAGCUGCCCCAUCUGCCUGGACAUGUUCACCAAACCGGUGGUCAUCCUGCCCUGCCAACACAACCUGUGCCGCAGUUGUGCCAGUGACCUCUACGACUCACGCAACCCCUACCGCUUUUCCGGAGGCGUCUUUCGCUGUCCCACUUGCCGCUUCGAGGUCGUGCUUGACCGCCAUGGUGUUCACGGGCUGCAGCGCAACCUGUUGGUUGAAAAUAUCAUCGACAUCUACAAGCAGCAGCAAGAAGGUAACAACACCAACACUGAGACGACCCUGAAGCCCAAAGAAUCCAAAGAGCCGAUGUGCCAAGAACACGAGGAUGAGAAAAUCAACAUCUACUGCAUGACCUGCCAGGUCCCCACCUGCUCCAUGUGCAAAGUGUUUGGUCAGCAUAAAGACUGUGAAGUGGCGCCUUUAGCCAGCGUUUACCAGGCCCAGAAAGGUGAACUGAGUAAUGCUAUCGAUACCCUUGUGGCCAGCAACGGGCGCCUGCAGUCCUUACUCAACCAGAUGGAAGACUCCUGCCGCUCUGUGCAGGACAACGCUCAGCGUGCGAAGCAAGGGUUAGCCGAACGCUUUGACCUGCUUUACGCCGUCCUGGAGGAGCGCAAGACCAUCCUGCUGGAGCAGAUCGGUAAAGAGCAAGAUGAAAAGGUGGCGGCUCUGCGGGCCCUGGCUCAGCGCUACGGCGAACGCCUGCAGGCCAGCACAGAGCUCACAGACACGGCUGUGAGGGCGUUGGAGCAGGGCGGCGCCGCUGAGUUCCUGUUAGCCUCCAAGGGCCUCAUCACACAGACCAAAGAUGCCGCCAAGAACUCUCUGGGAGAGGAGAGGCCAGAGCCGGGCUUUGAGAAGAUGGACCACUUCACGGUGUCAACAGAGCUUGUUCAAGCGGUCCUGUCAAAAAUGGACUUUGGAGUGGCUGAUGAUGAUGAGUUUGAGGACGCAGAGGAUGAAGACGAGGAGGAAUAAUGAGAACUAAAGUGAUUUUGGACUCUUAGGAAAUACUGUUUUAUGUAUUUGCAGGGACUCUGCCUUUAUUUUGAAUAGUUACGUAAGGUUAAGGUGGAUUGGGCUGAAAUGACGCCCCUUCCUUUAAGUGCAAUAUGUAAUUUCAAUCUUGUACUUUUUCUUAAAUGUCUUUUUAUACUUUUGUACUUUUUGUCUGUUUAAUGAGAAGAAAAGAUCUGGAGUGUCAGUCGAUCGCUCACACAUGAUUUUCCUCAUUCGUAGCUUAUUGAAAUAGCGAUGUGUAUUUCUCUCACUUUGUUUGUGUUGAAACGGUGAUCAGCUGAUCUGUUUUCACCCAGUCUGUCUUUGAUGAAACGUGGAAUAAAGCUGCAUGAAGUCAAUCUUCUAUUUCCUUUCUUGCUCAGUUAGAUAAUUAUCCGGUUUUAUGGUCACAGAGGACUCAAACAUGACGACUUGGUGUUAUUCUGGUGGUAUAGAUAGGAGUGCUCUCAUCCAAAUGUCCCUCAGUCUGCUGCUGCUCUUACUUGGCAGCGGGCUGUAUGUAAAAAUAAAAGCCCUUGCCCUGUCUGCUUUGCCUUUGCCGGUGAAAAGUGGCGGCUAUUUUUAAGAGGUGAGAGGGUGAGAAAUGAUAGCAGCCCUGGAAUAGACCGUGAGGGAAGGACAGGCCAGGUCCUGUUUCUCCUCCAUAAAAACUCCCAUCCUCCCACUCAUGGACGUCUUGCUCAGCAGCUCCAACCCAACUCUGGAGUGUCAGAAAGCUAAGCUAAGAAAGGCCGGUCCAGCUGCCGCACAAGUCAUCUCCUAGCGGUCAAAAGGCCAAGGUAAAAAUACACAUCCGCCUGGGGACUGAGUUUCAAAAAGCCCCUCGAGAUGACCUGCUUGGCUGUGAGCAACAUUUACACUCUGCCCUCUUUUCUCAUUCACAGCCAGGUGCUGGAAAGUUCCUCAGAAAAGUUUUAUUCAGUUUUUAUACGAGGCUCUGUGAAGCAGGUGUUCAGGUCUUUUUGACCUGAGCCUUUUUACAGUCAGGAGUUAAGUCAGGAUUAAAGACCUCAGGCUAUAAAAAGGUCUGAAAGUAGUCCAGUGGACGAAUCAGCUGGCACUUUGGAGAGUGACUCCAAUAACCGCCAUGUGCGCCAGCUGAAAGUGCUCUUAUCGCCGAUGACAGGCUCGUGUGAAUAUUCCAACUGUCUGACAACAAUGCAGAAAAUAAACCGACUCCAACUUUAUCGUAACUUUUAUUCUACAAAUUCUCCAGAGGAUUUAAGUCACGCUUGUUUGACCAUUUUACAACAAAACAGAUUCAAAUAAAGAAAACAAAACAAGCUUGUAAAAGCAAAAAGAGCAAAACAAAAACACCCAAUAAAAGAUGUUAACAUGUACAAAAUAGAGGAAAUCUUAAGCGUGCACGACCCGGACAAGUUAUAUUUGGGCUACAUUAGUUGUCUAAAUCUUAAGCAUCCAUAUCUCAGACAAGUUAUAUUUGGACUACAUUAUUUGUCAGGAUAACCUUUUAUUUUUAUCCAUUUUUUAUUACAAAGGCAGCUCACAGCUUACCAAACUAAAAUGUUGACUCAGUGAUAAUCCGAUGAGAAAGUGUUUUAACUUAAAUAUAUAGAAACAUGACACUUAAAAAUGAAAAAUUUAUAACAGCCUUUUAGUACCAAAAUACACACAACUAUUCACAAAUAAGUAGAAGUACGAGGUGUGUUGGUUCUGAGUUAAGCCAUGAUAAAAUGGAUUCACCUUCAUUGUGGAUAAGUUGACCUUGUUGCAGUUUCAUAUUUAUUAAUUUGAGUCUGUUCAGUCCAAACAAACGUAGCUUUAUAAACCAGCAGUAUUUUAUUACGAACCCGUUUACCUUCCUCAAAACACUCAAACAAACUCUGGUGACUAAACACUUUCUCCGUGCGCUGACCCUCACAGUGACCCACUCUGAGCUCUCUCUGAACUUCUUGAGCUGGUUUUGCUGACUUUUUUUUCCCAUGGUGUCCUUUCUCUAAUCUUGUGCCGUACUGAAACAUCCGUUUGAGUCUUUCAGUGACUAAAACGAUCAUAUUUGCUGUUGGCUCACUAACACACACACAUACACAGCCUUGAAAAUUACAUUGCAGCCAUCACGGCUCUUUUUGCAGCAGCAGCCUAAAGUGAUCUGCUGGAGCGUUUCCAGAACUUUUAUACCCAUUAGUCAUUUGGAUCCAGAGACAGACAGAAAUAGUCCACAGGGUUAAAGGGGAAUCCCCCUAUUUACUGAUGGGAUAUUAAUUCAGAGAAAAGCGACUCAGUCGAGUUUACAUCUGAAGUCAGUCACGAGUGAGAAGACAACUGCAGAAACAAACAAUAGCAGGAGUCUUUCUGAGCGCAUAAUCCAAGUUGGCCUUAAUUACCACAGUGAAGGGUGCAGAUAUCACCUUACAGACCUGACUUUGAUUAAAAAUAACUCAUCUGUAUCAUCAUUAAUACAGAAUCUUUUUCUUGACCUGAUUCUCCUCCUGAGUAUUUUCAGUCCUCCUGUUUUUAGACCGAACAAAAGCAGAGAGGAGCAGGAAGCCGGUCCGACAGCAGAAGGAGAAACUCUCCUGACAAAUCUGUGGCCUUCCCCCUCACAGCUGUCUUUUCUCAUCCCCAUGACUUGUUAUUGUUACUGCUGCUCGCUGCUGCAACAGACCGUGGGCUGACUGUUAGUACACAUAAACUGUUGCUAGGCUAUAAAACACCAAAGGCCGCAACCCAGAGGCAUUUAUGUGAUCGCUGCAGGAGCUGGAGAGGCCGAUAGAAGCGAGGCCCGUCACUCUUAAUGCUCCAAUCUCCAGUCACUGCAGCACCAUGUCAGGUCCAUGUCAGGUCCAGCCUGAUAAAUGGGACAGGAAUUUGGGAAGUCCAGGUCAGGAGCUGCUGAUAAAGACCUCAGUUGUUGGUUGUAUAAGCAUUACACAGCAUAUAUCCAUGAUUCACCUUCAGCAUGCUUCAUUUAACAGGAUCUGUUUUUAAGUGUUUCAUGAUUAUGGAAAAUCUUAAUCACUUUUUUAACUCACGGUCAAACCAAACAAACGCGAUACACCAUUUACUUUAAACAAACCCAGAUGCUGAGAGUGAUUGAGAAGGAAAACCGGAGACUCACUUGUAUUUAUUCCUCUUGUUUUUGUUACUAUGUGCAAGUGAAAGAGGACCUUACAGGAGGAGAUGACUUCAUAAACCCAAACAGAUUCACAAAACAGACCUUACAAAGCAAAAAAAGUAGGACAUAAAAGUUUCAGUCCUCCAAUGUUUCAGCACCAAAAAUCUCUCUAAGGUUUAGUAGGUUCAGUGUUUUUUCUAUAAAUUAAAAGAGAGUUCCUGUAGACACUUCAAAAGUUAAAAAAAAGUCUCAAACUGUUAAAAUUAAACAUCUUUUAACAUGUUAUUUAGGCCUUAAAUUUAUUUGAGACAUGUCUGGACACCUGUGUGAACUGUGAAACCUGCUGUUGUACAGUUAGCAUCCUUAUUUCCCUCCAUUUGAGUGCUGAACAGAUCUUUUUUUAAUUUAUCAUUAUACGAAUUAUAUCAGUGCAGUAAGACAAGAUCUGAUUCAUUAAAGAUCAGCUUUUAAACAACCUCUUGUGAAGUCUUAAUUUAGCCUCAGCUGGGUUAGCCUGAGUGUAUCAGAGUAGAAUUUGAUAUCUGGUCCUAUAGGUGCCAAAACAACCUAUAAGGAGGCCAUGAGAAUAUGUACAAGAUUGUAACAACAACAACAACAACAAUAAUAAUAAUAAUAACUUUAUUUUUAUAGCACUUUUAAAAACAGAAGUUUCCAAAGUGCUUCGACAAACAGUCGUAAAAACACAGAACAUCAGCACAUGGAAAUAAAAACAAAUAAAAACAAACGCUCAGUGAAAAACAAGUCCUCCGAAUUGAAGGCCCAUUUUAUUUGUCAUAAGGAACCCAGACAAUACAAGAACCCUACAACAUAAAAUGAGACCAUGAGGACCAAAAUAAAAACAUAAAAUAGGUAAGAAAAAGAUAUAUAAUAAAAAAGGGGGGUAGAAAGCAGAAAACAGGAUAGCAAAUAUAAAAAAGACGAUGUUAAUAAUGAUAAUAAAAUCAUAAAACAAUAAUGAUGGUAAUAGUAAUGAUAAAAUGGAAAAACAAAAUUGAGCAGGAAAAAACAAUAAAAUUAAUAAAAGGUUAAAUAAAAAAGAUUAAGUAAAAUAAAGGCUAAAAAACCAGUAAGUUGAAAUAAGACAGAGGUAAAAGAGAAACGACGGCGUCACAUAAAAGAAGUCUGUGAAAGUGAGUGAAGCGAUAACUCUUUGUGUGACAGAGAAGUUUUUAAACAAGCGCCUUCAGACCCUCAAACUUGACAAAUGAUGUUCCACAGAGCAGAACAUAAAGCGCCGUCGCUCAUUAGCAGCCCUGUUUACAUGAAUCUCAAUAACAUGCUUACUCAUAUGAUAUGCCGUUCACGUGUCUGCGAGUCGUCUGCAUCUGCUGCUGUUUACAGUAUGAACUUUAAAUAGACGCAGAGCGCAGUUUCAGCAUGUCUGCUCUCCAUGCAUGUUGGUGUCUGAUAUGAACUCCUCUGUGGUUCAUGUAUCCUCCACAGAAAGCACACGGCAAAGAGCCUACAGUCUAGUGGCCCAGGCCUACACCUCCAUCACAGCAGAGGACUUUGCUGCCUUUGUGGGGUACUCUGUGGAGGAGGCGGUCAAGGGUGAGAAAAGGAUUUUAAUUGGUGUAUAAUGAAUUAAAAGACUGUAAAUACAUUUGGUGACUCACUCUGUCUUUGUCUGUAGGUGUAGUGAGCCAAGGCUGGCAGGCAGACCCUGCCACCAGGAUGGUGAUGCCCAAAAAACCAGGUAGGUGGCAGUGUUGCUCUUCUUUUGCCCCCAAACUUUAAUCCUCCUGAGUAAUCCUGCACCACUUUUGUUCUGCUCAUCCUCCUCGAUUUUAUUGGACAGGCACUUAAAGUUAAGAGCGCGGAUUUAAAGGUCAGGUCGAUGUAAAUUGAAGACAGCUUUUUCUUAUGUCUAACGUUCUCCCGUUCCUCUCCUUUUUUCUCAUGCUUCAGUUACAUAAUCUUGUUUUCAUACCAUCACUUAUUACGAACCCUGAGACUCGUGGAUUGAUCCGUCUUGUUAGAGAAACUCACAAAUACUUCUGAUGGAGGUAGUGGACGAUCUGUCUGUCCCUCAUUUAUCAUCGAUUUUCAGCCUGAAGCAUCUGCUGUGCACAUGUCCAGCAGAAGAAAAUGCUCACUCACCACUAACCCACACAGGCCUGCUGUUUCCCCCCUCUCAGCAGCGUUACCAGGACUUUACAGUGCUUGGCAACUCUAGUUGUGGAGUGGAUCUCAUACAGGAAAUCAUUCUGGUCGGGUUAAAUGCAAAGUGUUGUAAUGAUCUCCAGGCAGCAUGUCUCACGGUCGGGUUGGAGGAGGCUGUAGGUAGAAUUGUUGAACAGUUUUGGGGGGGAGGUGGACUCAGAUGUGGAGAAGUGUGAACCCACAGCCUGCUGAGUCUCUCUGAGUUAGCACACAUGGGCUGCAGCCACCGAGAUGUAAGAAGAUGGAUGGUCCCUGGCAGAAUGAGGAAUCCCCCUCUGACUCAACCUCUCCUCCUCUGUCUCUCUCUCUCUCUCUCUCUCCUUCUCUCUCUCUUCCACAGAUCCUCCCCCUGUCUCAUUGGUUCCAAAUGAGCAGCAGUUGGCCAGACUUACUGACUACGUGGCUUUCCUCGAGAACUGAUAACCCGCUUCAACCACUGCCACUCAUUUUUUGAUUGCUCAGUUCUGAGGGAGAACACAAGUUUGGAUAGAUGCUUCCUCCCAUGUACUCCCUGAUAAAGACGUACCGAGAACACACACACACACCCAUCAUCCUGCAUGAACGAGGCGACGAGACCUGCCUCUGUAUGUUCAGUGACUCGCAUAGAUUUCCCACAUCGACCUCUGUUUAAACCACAUUUAGGAUCUGAUCUCAAAGAUGGACUUUAACACACUUCACCGUCUUUUUAUGACUAACUGAACACAUCCUCCCUCUGCGAUUUAGAUACACAAGCUUGUGUGCAGAUUUUUUUCCUUAAGUACUUGAAGGUUGCCUGGAAACAGACUUUUCCAGGUAGCUGAAGUCUUGGUAAGCAUGCAUCACAGUGGAUUUCAGUCUCCAGACCUCAUGUUUUGAAGUUGUUUUGAUUGGUUAAUAAAUAUUUUCUUGUUUCUAGAACAUAGUCUUUUCUUAAUUUUU